AUGUUACAAGACCAUCAUCACAUGUCUCAAAAUGGGAUGCAAAGAAAUGCAAGAAUGGGGAUGCAACAAAUGGGGCCACCCCCUAAUCAACGAACACCAAUGCUCAUGAGUAUGCCAGCUACUGGUGUUCUAGUCUCGAUGCCUCCUGGUCCUGGGCCAACUUUAAUAACAACUACAUCUAUCCCCCAACAACCUCAACCAAAAGCCAAUAUCCAGCAACCAGUAUAUCACUAUGAAAACGCUGGUCAACCUACCGAGCCAGAUCAGCACAGUACUGAGCAUCAGAACUGUUCAAACACUAAUACUUUGUCUACGCCCAACGCUACUUUGGCAAACAUAAAAGAAAAAACACCCAUGUGUUUGGUUAAUGAAUUAGCAAGAUACAAUAAGAUCCAACACCAGUAUAGACUCACUGGGGAGCAAGGGCCUGCCCACAAGAAAAUAUUCACAGUUACCUUGAAACUCGGUAAUGAAGAAUAUGAAGCAGAGGGGCCCAGUAUUAAAAAGGCACAGCACUCGGCUGCCGCUCAAGCGUUGGCUAAAACUGAAUUCAAACAUCCACCACCAAAAACGGUAAGAAAUCGUCCAGGAACACGACCAACUAACCCAGGGGUUGUUACUCCAACUGUUGAACUCAAUGCUCUUGCUAUGAAGAGGGGGGAACGUACAGUAUACGUUGUUGAAAAUGGGGGUGCUCCACCACAUCAGAACUACGUAACUCAGCCAGGUUAUUAUCCACGGCAUAAUUUGUACAACGCUCAAACUCAGCCGCAACGGUACACCUACGAUGCUCGACGUAACAUCAGAGGUCAUUAUCCAUACCAUGAGAACCGGUAUUACGGCCAGUUUAGACCUGGAGCGCCUCAUAAUCCAGGAGACCCGUACACAGUGCGUUUAAGAGUUGGCGAACGGGAGUAUCCGGGGCAAGGGUACACCGUGCAGGCUGCACGUCACGACGCUGCGUCCAAGGCCAUCGAACAUAUUAAACAACUAGGUACUUCGGACCAAAGUGAUGGCGAUAUAUCUCCUGAUGUUACUCAGCAGAUAUCGAAUGAAUCUGCUCAAGGAAGCCUAUCUGACAUUAAUUCAGAUCUGAAGUCUCCUAUUUCACUGGUAUAUGAGAUUGCUUUGAAGAGAAAUUUGAACGUUCAUUUUGAGGUUCUAAGCGAGAAGGGGCCUCCACAUAUGAAAGUUUUUAUAACACAAUGCUGUGUGGGCUCCUUCAUAGCCGAGGGCGAAGGAAAUGGAAAGAAAAUCUCAAAGAAAAGAGCUGCCGAAAAAAUGCUGGAGCAACUUUCGAAGCUUCCACCGCUUCCAAACGUCACGAAUAUAGCUCAGCUGAAAAAGAAACGUGUUACAAACAAAAAGAAGACCCGUAACUUGAUCAAAGUUAAUACAGACCGAUCUACCGAAGUGGUUGAAGAAAUUAAUCCAAUAUCAAGAUUGAUUCAGAUCCAACAAGCCAACAAGGAAAGGGAACCAGUAUAUACCGUUUUGGAAGAGCGUGGUGCACCCAGACGUAGAGAAUUUGUCAUCGAAGCUUCUGUUGCUGGCCAUUCCUGCACUGGCGUGGGGCCCAACAAAAAGGUAGCCAAGCGUAAUGCAGCUGAAGCAUUAUUGAUUGAUCUUGGCUACAGCAACACUAACAGCAACAACGUGAAGCCCAUCGACAAAGUCAAGGAGGAAGGCGCUGCUGCAAACAUCCAUCCUAAUAUGGACAAAAAUCGCAAGGUAACUUUUGUUGAAGAAGUUCCUGAGAUUCAACCCACUCAAUCAGUUGGUGGCAGUGGUGGUAGACAAUUGGUACCGGGAAUUCUUUUGGUUACUGAACAAUCUGGGUUCCCGAAACCUAAAGAUACUAUGGACAAGCCUGUGCAACAGCCUCCUACUCAGAUUAAACCUCCAUCUACAAUCCAGGGCGUACGUUCCAAGGACAAAUUGCUAUAUUUGGCUCAGCUGAUGAAUAUCCAAGUCCAGUUUUCGGAUUUUCCAAAAGCAAACCACGAAAUGUAUUUGACAUUGGUGUCUUUGAGCACCAACCCACCUCAAGUUUGCCACGGUGAAGGUCCAACAACUGAAGCUUCACACGAAAAAGCUGCCCUUGAGGCUUUGAAAGCGCUUUCUGAACUGGGUCUCGAUAUUGCCCCCAAAGAUGGUUCUGCUGGACCUAAUGGCAAUGAAAAUGCUUCCCCAGUGGUGUCUAACAAGGGGCCGGUACACCAAAACGGCGUGAAGAACUAA